AGGCUCCAGUCCUGCUCUUCACUGGGCGGCGGGCGCACGUGUUGGACCUUGUUCCUAAUACUUUGACUUAUUUAGGAACAAAGUAAAAAUAAAUAAAGUACUGUAAUCUUUCCAAGUGAGACUUAAGAGUGACAUGAAGUGGCGUUGGGUGAUUUUGGGGGUUCUUCUGUCUUUGGGUUAUCAGUGUUGGAGCGAAACGGGUCUGGAUUUUCCUGAAUACGAUGGGAAGGACAGAGUUCAUCAGCUGACGGCUAAAAACUACAAGUCUGUGAUGAAGAAGUAUGACGUGAUGGUGAUCUACCUGCACAAGCCUGUGGGGGAGGACCGCAUGGCCAGAAAACAGUUCGAAGUGGAGGAGCUCGCUCUGGAGCUGUUAACCAGUCCCGCCGCCUUGACUUACCAGCUGGCUGCACAGGUGCUCGACGGUCUGGAUGAUGAAGACAUCGGUUUCGGCCUGCUGGAUUCAAAGAAAGACAGAGCGGUCGCUAAAAAGCUGGGUAUGCUGGAGGUGGACAGCAUCUAUAUAUUUGCAGAUGAUGAAAUCAUUGAGUAUGACGGAGCUCUGGCGGCCGAUACUCUGCUGGAGUUUCUCUAUGAUGUGAUUGAGGAUCCGGUGGAGAUCAUCAGCAAUGACCGAGAGCUCAAAGGCUUUCACAACAUCGAGGAGGACAUGAAGCUGAUGGGCUUCUUCAAGAGCAACAAAUCCCCACACUUUAUUGAGUAUGAUGACGCAGCUGAGGAAUUUCAUCCCUUCAUCAAGUUUUUUGCCACCUUUGAGCCAAAGAUUGCUAAGAAAUUAAACCUGAAGAUGAAUGAGGUGGAUUUCUAUGAGCCCUUCAUGAACCAACCCGUCACCAUCCCCGGAAAACCCUACAUGGAGGACGAUAUCGUCAACUUUAUCGAGGACCACGACAGACCAACUCUGAGAAAACUGGAGCCCCACAGCAUGUAUGAGAUCUGGGAAGACGAUAUUAACGGACAGCACAUUGUUGCCUUUGCUGAGGAGUCUGACCCUGACGGUUAUGAAUUCUUAGAGAUCCUGAAGGAAGUGGCUCAAGAGAACACAGAGAAUCCAGAAUUAAGCAUCAUCUGGAUUGAUCCCGACGACUUUCCACUGAUGGUGCCGUACUGGGAGAAGACCUUCGGCAUUGACCUCUCAUCUCCUCAGAUUGGCGUGGUGGAUGUCGAAAAUGCGGACAGUGUAUGGAUGGAGAUGGAUGAUGAUGAGCACAUGCCCACCGCAGACCAGCUCGACGCCUGGAUAGAAGACGUGAUGACUGGAAACAUCAACCCUAAUGAUGAAAAUCAGUAUCACGAUGAUGAGGAUGAUGAAGAUGAUGAGGAUGAAGAUGAUGAUGAUGAUAAUGAUGAUGAAGACGAUAAUGAUGAUGAUGAUGAUGAUGAGGAAGAUGAAGAUUAGUCAAUUCUUCCUCUCUCUCAGGCAUCAUCUCUCCAUCAUUGGCUCAUGUUUGUGACUUUAGGAACUCGUCAUGUUCGUGCCAUCGCAGACUGAGCUUUUCUCCUGUGCCAUCUGGAGGACGUUGCAAUCAUUUAAUCUCAUCUCACUGUUCAAAAGCUCUUUCUAAUGAAUAAUAAAGAUCCUAUUUCAGGAUCACUGCAAUAAAUCAGAAAAAAAAACUGUAUUGACAUUUGUUGAUCAGCUUUCCACCCACAGCCUGUUGUUUAUGGACUGUUUAUUGCAGGAUAAAGGACGCUCAGUGGAAACUCCUAAUCUUCCAUCAUCUGGAAUGUCUCAAAUAAAAAAAUAAUAAAAAAACAAUCCCUGUUUCUGGCUCAAUGUAAUGCAAUGAGAAGAGGAAAAUGAUUAAACAUCAUUUCUGCGUG